AUGGCAUAUGUUACUGAAAGAUGGGUUUGCCCCUAUCAUAACUAUGAUCGCCAAAAGAAAGAGAGAUGGGAACUCCUCAGGGUGCGUGAAGCCAUUCGUGAAAUUGAAUGUCUUGAAGAACAUUUGCAACAACGAACAACCCCAAUUAAGAAGCAAUGCUCUCCUUUGUCCGAUGUCAAAACUGUCUAUGCAAGCCUGGUAAAGGUGGAAGAAGCAUGCACUCGAAUCGGAAAAGCCCAGCCCAGAAACAUCGAAAGCAAUCUGGAUCCCAACCUCGAGCAGUGGGAGGCUCUCCAGGCUAUACACCAUACGCUCUUGCACCAGCAUAAUGAGCUCCCCAUCGCCUCCUCCACACUCAGUCCACAACUACGCGAGUUCAGAAAGAUCGCCUAUGAUCAUUCCCUCCAGUCGCGCAGUUUGAGGCGAUUCAGUGACUGUCUGCUUCCUCUUCUGAAACGCGAGCAAGACUUGGAAUCAGCACGACAAUGGCUAGAGCUCAUGAAAUUGUCUUCUUCACUCAUUGAAAUACUUGGGAAGAAUGACAUGCUCUUCAAUUACGAAGAAAUGGCCUUUAUGGACUUAAUCGAACAGAUUGAAGCCAUAUUGGAGAGAUUGAAACAAUGGUUUAGGUGCAGAUACGAGGACCUAAGCCGCAAGAAAGAUGCGAUCGAGGAACAAGGUCUUGCUGAGCCCAUCUUUGAGUUUCCCAACAACAUCAGGCACACUUGUACAACAAUGCCGUGGACAAUCCUUCCAGCAUUGCUGAUACUUUGGGGUGUCUGUUGGAUGUUCAUCGUCGGUUCUAGCCAACCUGAGCAUGGAUGGGGAAAUGCUGCUGACGCCAUUAUAUCGCCCGUGCCAGCUGCUCAUGACUUGCACGCCGAUUUCUAUGGUAUCGGAAUUGAAGAGGGACUUCAAGGCUCGGUCGCAGAGGACUUCGACAACGGAGGAUAUCUUGGUCAGGAUACGCUAGAAGGACUCUGGCCUGGAGACAUCCAGUUAAUGAAUGACUUGGUCCAUCCAUUGAUCUUUGCCCAAAAUGCACCCCGAGAUCCAAACUUUCUAAUUACGGACUUGACGUCACGUGGUGAUUCGGAAAGUUUGGAACUGACCGCGCAAGGUACGGCCGAGAUAUUGCCAGCCGCCGCCGAGGAAGAGUCAAAUCCUACGGCGUGCAUCAGUACUGGCGACAAAGGGGAGACGGAUGCCACAGGUAGUGCAAGCUGCAGUGGCUAUGGACAGCGAACAAUUGACUCGGAUGAGGAGGAAGAAACAAGAAGUCGCUUUGUGUGUCCAGACUGCCAACAGACAUUUGCAAGGCAAUUUACCUUAAGCCGACAUCGAACCGAGAAACACAAGCAUGCAUCAAACUUGGAAGAAUCAUUACUAUGUCCCAAUCGCGGCUGCAAGAGGUCCAAGGGAAAGCCUUUCAAGCGUGGAUUCCAUCUAAAAAGACACCUUGAGAGUUGCAAGCAUAGUCAGGAAGUCCUUGGCCAGGGCGACGAUCAAUCUUGUCCAAGGUCAGCGUCAACAUCAACUUCAGCCUCAGCUAGCAUUCAGCAUCGCCAAGAAGUUGGACCACAUGGAGCCAUCAGAGCCAAUGGAAUGAAGAAGAGACCGAGGGCUGAAGAUGAUGAAGUGUCUAAUGACGGAUUCCUCCUUGCAGAGAUGGUAAAAAGGUAUAAAAAGAUGGAAAAAGAGAUCGAGGAGAAGCAAGAUGACUUGAAGACACUUGGAAAGACUAUCCAAAUGUUGGAAAGAUCUUGA